UUCAGAGAUGAGUGUGCGCGAGGGGAGGAGGUUAUGCCGCCGGAGACUUGUGCAGGACUAUUACUAUUACUACCAUUCGUGUUAGUAAAUAGUCCACGAGUAGGCCGUGACUAGUGCAAUUGGCUGAGGGAAGGUGGAAGGUGGAGGAGAAGAGAGAGAGGAGUGAGAGGUGGAAUUGUGGAGGAAGGAAAAAGAAAAAAAAAAUCGUAUUAAACUUGUGUGUGCUGCGUGCUGUGUGCUGUGCUGUGGCGACUGAGUGUGCUGUGGAAGAGGUGAUGCAGAGCCGGUGACACCAUAAGAACAGAAAAAGGAGAGAAAGUUUGAUACCGCAACAAAAAGACAAUGAAGAUGGAAUAAAAGUUCUCGCGGCCGCUGAAACACGAGGAAGAAUUGUUCAGAGUAACCCAGAAUACCGAAAACAGUGGAGGAAAACACCGGAAAGCAACAACAACAAAAGUUUCUGAAAACCGAACUCAUUGAACAACCCAUAAAAAAAAGAAAACAAGAAAAUAUAAUCAAAAUACCAUGUUUGGACACAGUUGAAAAAAAAUAAAUAAAGCUUUAGAAAACAACAGUACAUGACCAAGUGCUGAGGAAUUAUAAAAAAAAAAAAAAAAACGAAUAACUACAAAAGCAAGGAAAGCAUUACCAAGUGCCGACGAAUAGAGCAUGGAAAGUAGUAAAAACACAGCGAGAAACGAGUAAAACGAGUGACAGACUAAAGAAAAAAAAAAUCAAACUGCGGUGGCCGGAGGAAGCGACAUAGCCUUGUGGGACCGCGCGGCGUCACUUGAAGCAGCGGCGGCGGCGGCGGUGGUGACGAACCAGCGCUAGAUUCCCGAGAGGUAAUCAGGAUACCUUUAUUUCGGGCUCUGGUGCUAUUACCCCGCCACGGACAAGCGCUGGAACCUUAAGAACCCAAGAAAAUACCUAUAUUUGGGGGAUCUCAGGUUCAUUUCAAUCCGCCAUGACCACUAGAAUAGCGCUUCCAUUCACGCUGGGGUUCAAAAUGUCUGGAAUGAGGAGACAGGGUCCCCCAGAUCCGCUGCCGCAGACGUCGCAGGUACGCAAGAAUCUGUUUGGCCCGAUCGAUCACGAGGAAAAUCUCAAAUUUGUGCAAGAGGAGCUUAGCAAAAUAUCCCAAGCGGACUGUAAGCGCUGGAAUUUCGACUUCCAGGCUGAGAAACCGAAGGAAGGCCGGUACAACUGGGAGCCUGUGUCUGGAAAGGUGCCGCAAGCUUACGAAAUGCGUGCCAUGUCCUGCACCCACCCACAGACACUGCCACAACCCACACCCGCCGCCGCUGACCUCCCGAAACAGGGCCAGCAGCAUGUCCCCGCCGCUACAGCCCUGCCGCAGCCCACCACAACCCUGCCGCAGCCCACCACAACCCUGCCACAGCCCACAACAGCCGUGCAACAGCCCACCAUAACCCUGCAACAGCCCACCACAACCCCACCGCAGUCUACCACAACCCUGGCGCAGUCCACAACCGCGCCACAGCCCACCACAACCCUGCCACAGCCCACCACAGCCAGGUUACCAGCUCUAUUAGCCACAGAAACAGUACCUGAUGCCCAGCCUACCCUCACCACAGUUGCUACAAUCGCUCUCCGCCCUGCCUCCACCCCAGCCUCCACCCAAGCCUCCACAGCCUCCACCACAGCAAGGAAAAGGAGGAGAGAGGACAGAGGUGGUGGCCCUAUUAAGAGGCAGAAGCAGACGACCACCAUUACUAAUACUGCAACUACUACUACUACUACUUCUACCACUACUACUACUACAACUGCUACAACUUCUACAGCUGACAAGAGGCCUAUACAGAGCUCCCAGCAGGCGCCUAUUUCCGCGUACAUGAAGAUUAGGCGACGUGGCUCCACCUUACCGAAGACAACGAAGGAAGCGCCGCCAGAUUUGCUGAAGAAGUCUCGCUCUUCGCCGCCCUCCCCGUCCCCCUCCCCGUCCUCCUAACCCCGCCCCCAACAGAGCAUCCGCCCCCCUCCCAGGAUCUCACUGCCCCUCCCAAAACACCCCAAGUAAACCCAAAAUACACCAAAACACCCUUAAACACACCGAAUAUACACCAAAACAGUUUUAAACACCCCAAUUAUACAUCAGAACACAUUUAAUCGCCCUACCCCCUCCCCCCAAGGAUCUCACUGCCCCAACAAUCCCUCCCCAAACAAACACCUCUUUAGAAAGUUAUGUGUAACCCCGCCAGACUCCCUUUGAAUUGCUUUGUCUGUCUGUCUGUCUGUCUGUUUACGAAGGGGUGACAAAGAAUUCUGAUCUCAUAUGUAUGUUUGUUUGUUUGUUUGUUUUUGAGUGAAAUUAAUACGAAUAUAUUUUUUCUUAGUUUGAUAUUGUGUUUUUUUUAUUAUUAUUAUUAUUUUCUUGUGUAAAUAUUCAAUUAGUGGAUUACUUUAGUUGUUAGUUAGUGUUUGAAACUGUAUUUAUUAUUAUUGUCAUUAUUAUUAUUAUUAUUAUUAUUAUUAUUAUUAUUAUUAUUAUUAUUAUUAUUAUUAUUAUUGGUGUUGUUACUACUACUACUGCUACUAUUACUAUCAUCAUUAUUAUUAUUGUCAUUAUUAAUUCUUCUCCUUUUGAUUUUUUUUUCUUUUUUUCUUUUUUUUUUUUUUUUUUUUUUCUCAUGGAUGUGUGUUGACUGUGCGUGUGUGCGUGCGCGCGUAAACACAUCACCCAUACAUCAUCCAUACAUCCCAAAGACGUCCCUGAUCUCGACUCCUCCUCCUCCUCGUCCUCCUCCUCCUCCUCCUCCUCCUCCUCCUCCUCCUCCUCCUCCUCCUCCUCCAGUACAGUACAAAAUUCUCUAUUUAUUUAAAACAAAAAACAAAAAUACGGUGUGGAAGGACUAAGGGGGGCGACUACCCCUGCUCAUCCGCCCCCCUUCCCUUCCCCCCAACCUGAUUAUCCUGAUCUCAACCCCACGCUGAUUGGCUGGCAAGGGGCGUGACCUGAGCCAAUCACGUGACGCCUCCCGUUUGAAUCAGCUAAUGGUAGCGUUUGUUUACUUCCCGUCGGCCAAUCAGGUGCCUUCGUUUGAAUCCCUUGCUUUGUAUUGGUUCUUGUGGCUUUCUUUGGCUAGUUUGUGUGUUUGUUUGUUUGUGUGUGUGAGAAAAGAGAGGGGGAGUUUUCUCUCUCUCUCUCUCUCUCUCUCUCUCUCUCUCUCUCUCUCUCUCUCUCUCUCUCUCUCUCUCUCUCUCUCUCUCUCUCUCUCUCUCU